AAGGGCCACGAGUGAGUGUCUGCAGGAUAGUUAUCUCACCUCAUACACACACAAAGAAUCAUAAAACAACUAAAGAGGAAAGGGAAGACAGAAGAGCUGUGCGUAUUAUUUCCAACAUUUAAUACUCCCAGAGGAGCAACCUGACGAAUCGACUCUCUCCGCCUCCCUCUUCUCUCCCUUCGCUCUCCUCCUCUGCCUUACCCAGCACUCACAGCCAUCCAUGAGUGCGACCAAUUCCUCUGCCUAUCGUUCGGAGCGUAGUUUCCACCAGACUUCAUCCUCGUCCUCGGGUAACCCAUACAUGGAGAAAAGCCGGGGACUGUUUGCCGAGGACUUUGGCUCCUUCAUGAGGCCUGGGAGCGACGCCUUGGGAUUUUCCAGUGGAGCUGGAAACAUUAAAACUCUUGGGGAUUCGUACCAGUUCACAGUUGACGUGCAAGACUUCUCCCCUGAGGAUGUCAUCGUCACCACAUCCAACAACCAGAUAGAAGUUCGUGCGGAGAAGCUGGCCCAGGAUGGUUCAGUGAUGAACACAUUCACCCACAAGUGUCAACUACCGGAGGAUGUAGACCCCACCUCAGUGACGUCAUCACUGGGCGCCGAGGGAACCCUAACGGUCCGGGCACGGCGACACCCGGCCAAACACGAGCUUGUACAGACCUUCCGCACCGAGAUCAAGAUCUAGAGAGGGACGACUUCAAAAUGACAAACCCCCUGACUUCUUGUGUUUUUUUUAUGCUUCAUCCUCCAUUUCCUGUCUUCACUGAAACCAUUCUAUAUUCUAACACUUGAGAGAGUCAACACAGGGCGCUUUAAAUCCUCCCUCCGUAACUGCAACAAUGCCUGCUGCUGCUCAUUUAUAGUCUGAGUUAGUUCACCAUACACAGCAGCAAUAGGUCAUAGCUGCAAAUAACAGACUGAGACAUAGAGGCUUGGACAUGUGCAGCAUUUGCGCAAGGACACACACACACACACGCACGCACACACACACACGCGCACACACACUCAAACACACACACGCACACACUGUAAUCAACUGCUCAGUCCAGUGCUUCACUUCUGUUUUCUAACACAGUUCUAAAACUUAAUCCACAAUUUUAAAAUGAAUGGUUUCACAAUAAUUUAUUGUACUAUAUUGUUUGUGUGAAUAAAAUACUCCUUCUUUGACUAUGA